AUGGCGAAAGCAGCUGAGCCUGAUCUGGGUGCGCCCCAGUUCGCUUCCCAUGCCGUCGUCGAGCCUUUCAUUAUCGUUGGCAUCAUGGUAGCCUCUUGCUACAUCAACCGUCGCCGUGGCUUCACCAUCAUUCCCUCCUCAAAACCCGAUGACCAGGGCCUGCUGGGCCAGAAGCUCGAGACGUUGGACGAAGAGGACCCUUUGUCGGAAGACUACGACGAUCUCACCUCUUCCGGAACCAUUUCUACGAAGACAGGCCCCAAGAAGCGAAACUGCUGCGGCGCCAUUGUUCACACACCCGACACGAGCCGUUACGCCAACUACUGGCACAGCCGAUUCAUUCAAAAGUUCCCCUUCCUCGUCGAGAUCUUCUACUGGGCCGUCAACCUCCUGUUCUACGUCAGCGUCAAGGCGGCGAGCGAGCUCAUCUUUGCGACUGAUGGCGUGUGGAAGACGGCCGAGAGCCACGGCAUUGCCGUCCUCAACCUCGAGCACGACAGCAUAUUCAGCUUCUUGUUCCCCGUCAAGGAAGUUGAUGUACAGAUGUGGUUCAGAACUGACCACCAGGUCCUGCUGACCAUCCUGAACCGGGCGUACUCCUUGAUCCACAUCCCCGUCACUGUCAGCUUCCUUGGAUGGUACUACUACGCCGCGCCGACCCACGCCCAGUUCGCCGCCGCCCGCCGCAUGAUGCAGCUCACGAACCUGUUUAGCUUCAUCGUCUUCACGACGUACCCCUGCAUGCCGCCGCGUCUGCUGCCCGAGCGCUUCGGCUUCUUCGACACGGUCCGCCGCGAGGACGCCGAAUCCAUUUACGCCACGAACAAGUUCUUCAACCAGCUCGCCGCCUUCCCCUCGCUGCACUUUGGCUACUCCUUCUGCAUCGGCACCGUACUGCUGUACCACUCGGGCAUCUUCCGCCGCCGCCUUGCGCCGCGCGAGCGCCGCAUGUCCAAGAUGUGGCAGGCCUUCUUCGCCAUCCUCAGCGUCCUCUACCCGGCCUUUGUCCUGACCAUUAUCGUCUCGACGGCAAACCACUAUUUCUCGACGCCAUGGCUGCCACCGGCGUCGGGUGAAAUCCGGGGGGCCGAGGGGGGGCAUCCAAAUCCCGUGUACCGGGGCGCGCGCCCACAAGAAAAGCCUCCGCGUCCGACGCUGCCGGCGACCCUCCCGCCUAAUACACCCUAG